CCGGGGGAGGAGCGGCGCGUUUGUCCCGCGGGGUAGCAGCUAUGCCCCUGAGGAAGCCCGCGAGCAAGCGGCGCAGCACCGACUCGGGCGUGGAGCCCGACCGCGGGGCCCUCUCCCAGGAGAAGAAGGAUCAGCGCAUUGCGCUCUUCCUCAGCGACUUCGACCAGCAGGCCAAGGAAAAUAUCCAGGAAAUGAAGAAAGAGCUUGAUUCGCUUUUGCAAACAGCUGAGAAGGCGUUUACAGUGGAGCUGCUGAAGAUGCCCGUUGCCAUCAGGAAAAUGAAAAGAAAAGACUUGCUUAUUACAGAUUUGCAAGGAGGGGAGGAAGUGGCUCUUGCUGCUGCGGUGACUGACUGCUCUCUAGAAGACAUACCAAACCCAAAACUAGUGAGGACCAACAGCAAAAAAGUUAAGGUAACUACAAUUGUUGAAUAUGAAGAUGCCAAGCAUACCUCUGCAAAGAAAAUAUCUAAAAAGGUUUCCAAAACAAAGUCGUUGGUUUCACUGGCCUCUGGUUUAAAUAGCAAACUGAACCCUCUUUCUAGUGCCACAAAUUUCAAAGCCACGCCAAAGGUAUCUAAGAGUGCUGGACUACAACAGACUGUCUCAAGAACUGUACCUACCAGUGGAAGAGUUCAAGGCAUGUUACUAAGAAGUAAAUCAGUACCCCAAGAUAAAACCAUUCCGUUUGUAAACAUUCCCCUGGCUGAUGGACAGACACUCUGUGCAGCUGGUGGAGACCUCCAUAAUAUUGAUGUGCAACUACUAAAUCAAGAUACAGUGCAGCAUAUUCAUAACUUAGUGAGUGAGCUGACUGUACUAUGUGGAAAGGCAACUGCUAAACCAAGUUAAUGGAACUGCCUUGUGAUUACAGAAUAUUUGUGACAACCCUUGCUUGCUGCCUCUGAAGCAUUUAGAAUGUCUAUAAUGUCUUAAUAAAGCUGUAUACUGCCCAGUAAAUUUUUUUAUAUAAAAGCUUACAGUGUGAUCUGUGUAUUACUAAAUACCUGUUAUCUCUGUGAAGGAUACAGAGGCAUAAGAAAAUAAUUCUACUUUUCCAGCUUUAUAAAAGGCUUAGUUAACAUCUAACUUCAGUUCACAGUAAAAUGAACAAUAAUAGGUUGUAUGUAGGAAAUUAGUAUCAACUCUGAUAUUCUAAAUAGACUGGGGGGUUUUUACGUAACUAUAGAACUCUUUAAUGUCAUUCUUCCAUGUAGUGUUGGUUUAGUACUCAUGUUUAGUCUUCCCAGUAUCCAUUUCUUUGAAUCUAACUCUGGAAUUAAGCUGAAAUGCAAGUUUCUAAAUUCUUGAAUAGCAUUUUAAGGCAUGUAACUUCAGUUCUGUGGUGGCAUAUAUGAAUUUGACACAGGAAUAAAAUGUAUUACCAGUCUUGUGCUGUGACAUGAUGGUAACAUGCAAGAUGACAGGUAGUAACCUAGACUUACCUGUAAUUUAUGGUGUCAACCCAUUUUUUCUAGUACUUACGUACUUUUGGGUAACUUGUAGGAAAAGCUUUUAAUACCUUUCCAGGUAAAGAUGCCAGUCCAGCUGUCACUCUGCUGUGGGUGCUUUAGUAUUUUUAGAACUGGAGGAUGCACUUGGAUUUUACUCUGCCAGUGGUGAUUUCAAUUAAAGUGCUUUCACUGUUGUAAAGGAUGGUAUGAGAGACUCCUACACUCUUUAAACUGUUAG